GACAAAUAUAUAAAACCGUUUCGCCCAUUUCUUCGUACCACCUCUAGGGUUUGAAGUUUAACGCAGCAGUCGGCAUUCAUCAGCAAGGUAAGCAUCAAUGGCUGUUGGAAAAAACAAACGGAUUUCAAAGGGAAAGAAGGGUGGCAAGAAGAAGGCUGCCGAUCCCUUUGCAAAGAAGGACUGGUAUGAUAUCAAGGCCCCUUCUGUCUUCCAUGUCAAGAAUGUCGGCAAAACACUUGUCUCCCGUACUCAGGGUACCAAGAUUGCUUCUGAUGGACUCAAACAUCGUGUGUUUGAGGUAUCAUUGGCUGAUCUUCAAGGAGAUGAAGACAAUGCUUUCAGGAAGAUCAGGCUGAGGGCUGAAGAUGUUCAGGGGAAAAACCUCCUGACCAACUUCUGGGGUAUGGAUUUCACAACUGACAAGCUCAGGUCAUUGGUUCGCAAAUGGCAAACUCUUAUUGAAGCCCAUGUCGAUGUGAAGACCACCGACAAUUAUACUCUUAGGAUGUUUUGCAUUGGGUUCACCAAGAGGAGAGCAAACCAAGUUAAGAGGACUUGUUAUGCCCAGUCAAGCCAGAUCAGACAGAUCCGUAGGAAGAUGAGGGAGAUCAUGGUCAACCAAGCAACUUCCUGUGACCUGAAAGAGCUUGUGCGCAAAUUUAUCCCUGAGAUGAUUGGAAAGGAGAUUGAGAAGCACACAGGUGGCAUCUACCCUCUCCAGAAUGUUUUCAUUCGUAAAGUCAAGAUCCUGAAAGCUCCUAAGUUUGAUCUUGGGAAACUAAUGGAGGUUCAUGGUGAUUACUCAGAAGAUGUUGGCACCAAGGUAGAAAGACCAGCUGAUGAGACAGUGGUUGAGGGAACCCCUGAAAUUGUUGGAGCUUGAUCCAACUCAAUAUGCAUUUUUGUUUGUUAUUAGGAUGUAUGCUGUUUUUGACAAGUUUUGUUGACUAAAGUUUUUAUUUAUAGUUUAUUUCGGGAUAUUUUGUGAUUCAUUAUCAAGAAUUGGUACAAUUUUGAACCUAA